AGGAAACAAAAGACUCCUUGGCAAAAAUCUCCGUGCGUUGUGGAUUGUUAAAAGUAUAUAAGGGAACUUAACAUUUCUGCUAAGCAUAGAAAAGACUAUUUCAUUUAUUAACCCGUUGUUAAGUAGCCCAAUAGCCUAUGAAUUCCGUUUUAUGAAGCAUGGGUGAAUUAUUCGGUGUUCACUUUGCUUGCCUCGAAAACCAUUAAAAGUGAACCCGACUUCGCAGUUUGCCUUGCAUUCCUCGAAUUCCGCAAUUCUGAUGUCAAGAGGGACGGGCCAUACGUCUCUAAACCUAUGCGAUCCCCGCUGUUCUCUUGACCGAUUCCGUGUUGAAAACAACAGUAUUUCCAGAACCUCAGGGAAAGCAGAGCGCUAAAUAUUUUGGAUUUACGAUCUGAUGGCAUAGGCGUGCUUUGUUCAUUUUUUUGUGAACACACGAUUCAUUUGGGGAUUAUUAACAUCUCGAAAGUAGGAUGCCAACUUGCUUUCGUGUAGGCUACUCUUCUCCAACUUUGACUUUCUGGUGGAUAAAACGAAUCCAACUUUAAAAUCUUACAAAGAUCUUCCAUACGCGGGCUACUUUACGGGACAAGGAUUUCUGUAAGGAUUAAAAGGAAGUAUUGCGAAUUCUGGAAGUGUUUCUGACGAGGAUUCGAAUAUGUUGGAUUUCUUCUGUGAAGAAAGAUUUGUAUUCGGCAUGUGAUCAGCUCUGGAGGGAGCGAUCUUCUGCAAUCGCUGGGAAUGGGACAGAUCUUUUCUGCUUUGGAGACAUCUUGACUUGGGGGAGCAGCUGAGUGACGAAGAGGAGGUAGGCGUCCUGAAGCAGAGGACACCCCCACCCACGGAGCCUCGUCCCUUUGCCCCUCCCCCUGCACCUCAGCCCCUCCCUGAACCAUGCCUUUCCGGCUCAAGCCCUGGCGCACCCGGCGCUACGUCUUGAGCAAGAACUGCUUUGUGACGCGCAUCCGUCUUCUGGACAACAACGUCAUUGAAUGCACGCUGUCGGUGGAAAGCACAGGCCAGGAGUGCCUGGAGGCUGUUGCCCAGAGGCUGGAACUCAGAGAGACGCACUACUUCGGCCUGUGGUUCCACACUAAGGCUCAGUGGCACAGAUGGGUGGAACUGGAGAAAGCCCUGAAGAAGCAGCUGGAUAAGUUUGGCAAUGAGCCCCUGCUUUUCUUUGGAGUGAUGUUCUACGUGCCAAACGUCUCCCGCCUGGAGCAGGAGGUCACAAGGUACCAAUAUUACCUUCAAGUGAAAAAGGAAGUUCUUGAUGGACGUCUGCAGUGCACUGUGGAGCAGGGAAUUCGGCUAGCUGGCUUGGCUGUGCAAGCUGAUUUUGGAGACUUCAACCAGUUUCACUCCCAGGAUUUCCUCAGGGAAUAUGUACUAUUUCCAGUGACCUGGUCACAUGUGGAUGAGGUGCUGGAAGAGUGGACUCACAAAGUGGCUGAAGAACACAAGAGUCACUGUGGAAUGCAGCCAGCAGAAGCAGAGUUGCUGUACAUAAAAGAAGUAGAGAAACUGGAUGGCUUUGGGCAGGAAAGCUUUGCUGCUAAGGACAACUACACAAAUGACAUCUACAUUGGUGUCUCCUUCAUUGGCGUGUUUGUCAAGCACCGAAAUGGAAGAUCAAUCAUGUUACACAGAUGGAAAGACAUUGGCAACAUCGCCCACAAUAAGUCAGCUAUCACCGUGGAGAUAACAAGCAAAGACGACACCAUCAUGUUUCACACUGAUGACAUGGAAAUGGCCAAAUAUAUUUCAACACUCUUCACUGCCAGACAUAAAUUCUACAAACAGAACAAAAUAUGUGCAGAGCCAGCCCACUCCCCAGCACCAAUUCGGAGACGGCCCACGUGGAACCGGUCCUCACUGCCAAGGCCACAGUCCUGCAUCAUCCAGCCUAUGCACUCCCAGUAUGCAGAACAUUACCAGGAAACUCAGAGUUCGCAAGACAGUAUUUUCCAUGAUGACCCCUAUUACAAGUCGGAGACAAGCCUGGAUCGAUGCCCAGUAGAAUUUGGCUUCCGGAAUGGAACAGUCCCCAAUGGCAGCGUGUACAGCACACCCAGCAUGAACUCCAUCCAUGCCUCGCCUAUGUCGUCCAACCUCAGCAUCCCCAGCAGCGACGUCAUGCGUCCCGACAACAUCCCCAGCCACCGGCACAGCGCCAUUAUUGCCCCCUCCUACCGGCCCACACCGGAGUACGAUGCCGUCAUGCGGCAGAAGUGCCGCCUGCUGCCUGCCGCUGACUGCCACAGCCAGUCCCUGCGGAGCCUCAACAUCAGUAACACCUUCGCCUACCGCCAGCCCGAGGCCCUGGUGUAUAGCCAGCCUGAGAUGAGGGAGCGGGGCCACUACCCGGGCCCUUACGGCCCCCAGGUGAGCUACAGCAAGCCCGUGGCUACCUUGGCACAGGCGAGCCCAAGUUGCGUGGUGACAGCCGGUGGCCAGGCUUCGGCGGGUAGUGCCAUCUCGCACACCGUCAGCACCCCAGAGCUGGCCAACACCAAGCAGCAGUGUGCCCAGGGCUACAGCAAUGCCACCCACAUGCUGCGGAAUCACCUGUCCCGCCCACCGCCCCCUUACCCCUCCUUCCGGCCAGCCACUAGCACCCCUGACCUGGCCAGCCACCGCCACAAGUGCAUGGGGGGCAGUAGCCCGGAGCUCGUCAGUCGCAAGGUGCAGCUGUCGGUCAAGACCUUCCAGCCGGAUAGCUCGACGGUGGUUCGACAGUCCAUGGUCCAGGAGGUCAGUGAACCCCUUACAGCUGCCAAGCGCCAUUCGGCCCUCGGCAAGCGCCACAGCCUGGAGGUGAUCAGCAGUAUGGUACGGGGCAUGGAGGCCAUGGCCCUCAAGACUCUCAACGCCCCCCUGCCUCGCAGGAACACAGUGAGGGAGCAGGUGGCUCCCUCUCCUCCCCAGCCAGCCCCUGAAAUGGCCCCGUCGAAAGCCCCUGAAGAUAUUUACCAGCAUAAAAAGACCCUCUCCAAUGCCACCAUGCUUGUCCACAGCAGCGAGAGUGAGGAAGAGGAGGAGGAGACGCCCGACUUGGAUGUUCGGAUUCCAGGGCUCAAUGAGGACAUUGGUGCCCAGCUGCAGGCUGCCCUGGCAAAAAUCCCCAACAAGCCCCCCCCUGAGUACCCUGGACCCCGGAGGGCAGUUAGCAACAACACUCUGCGGCAAAGGAACCAUGCGGCGGCCGAGGAGGCAGCGCGGGCCCGGAUGACCAAAGCAGGCCACAAUCAGGGUGGUGCUGGGGCCCUAGCGCGCUCCGAACAGCAGGCCAGCCUCAACAGUGCCGGCCUGGGUCCCUCCAUCUCUGAGCCUGACCUAACCAGCGUCAAGGAGCGCGUGAGAAAGGAGCCAGUCAAAGAGAGGCCCGUGUCUGAGAUGUUCUCCAAUGAGGACAGCAUCGUGGAGAGGGAGAUCAUGCAGAGGACGCUUGAGAAACAGAAGAUGUCAGUGGACUCUCUGAAGAGGCCCCUGAUGAUGGCGGCCCUGAACGGCCUCUACAUGGCCCGCAUGCCGGUUCCUGAGAGCCAGCAGAAGGAUGUGGCCAAAUGCUCCACCGAUGAACGGUGCAAACACCUGGAGCGGACCCUGGAGGAGGAGCGCAUCUUCACGGAGUACGAGCAGAUCCCCAAGAAGAGAGCUGACUGCGCAGCUACCACGGCAACUCUGCCCGAGAACGCCGAGCGCAAUCGCUUCCGGGACGUCGUGCCAUACGAGGAGAACCGGCUGGAGCUGGUCCCCACCAAAGAGAACAACACUGGCUACAUCAAUGCCUCGCACAUCAAGGUGACGAUCAGUGGGGAAGAAUGGCACUAUAUUGCCACUCAGGGGCCCCUGCCAAACACAUGCCAGGACUUCUGGCAGAUGAUCUGGGAGCAGGGAGUGAAUGUCAUUGCCAUGGUUACAGCUGAAGAGGAGGGUGGCAGGUCGAAGAGCCACAGGUACUGGCCUAAGCUGGGGUCCAAGCACAACUCGGCCACUCACGGCAAGUUCAAAGUGACCACCAAGUUCCGCACGGAUUCGGGUUGCUAUGCCACCACGGGGUUAAAGGUCAAGCACCUGCUGUCUGGGCAGGAGAGGACGGUGUGGCACCUGCAAUACACUGACUGGCCUGACCAUGGUUGUCCAGAAUACGUCCAGGGCUUUCUCUCGUACCUUGAGGAGAUCCAGUCGGUGCGCCGGCACACCAACAGCAUGCUGGACACUUCCAAGAGCCUGAACCCGCCCAUAGUGGUGCACUGCAGCGCAGGGGUGGGCCGGACCGGUGUGGUCAUCCUGACCGAGCUCAUGAUCAGCUGUCUGGAGCACAACGAGAGGGUGGAUGUUCCCGUGAUGCUGGGCCGAAUCCGGCAGCAGCGCAUGCUUAUGGUCCAGACCAUCUCCCAGUACAAGUUUGUCUACCAGGUGCUGAUCCAGUUCCUCAAGAACUCACGUCUGAUCUGAUCUGAGCUCAUCUGGAGACAACGCUUUCUCUUCUUUCCUAUCGAGAACAGACAUGGUGUCGGUACAGAGUACUCGCCUCAGAAACAAGUGUGUUUUUAAAGCCACCAUGACAAGCAUUUCACCAACUGCCUUUAUUUUUUUAAUGAGUAUGUGUUUGUCUCCUUUUCUCAGUUGCAUUGAUAAUGGCUUUAUACAUUUUUUGAUAAUGCUACAGCCACUUCAGAAUUUGAGAGAAUCUGUCAUCUUGCUAACAGGUGAAUUAAAGAAGAUUGCAGUAUGUAACCUGUAUGCUAAAAAUUAGCCAAUUAGGAUCAAAGGUAUAUUGAUUUUGAUGCUGAUAUAUGAUUGGAUUUGCAAAUUCUCCUUUAUUAGACUGAUUAUAGCAUUUCUGCACAACAAAAGAUUCAGUUUUUUUUAAGAUCUUCAGUCUAAGGUUAGUAUAAUUCCCAAUAUUGAUUGAUAGAAAAGGAGAAAACAAAUAUACUCUCAUUUUGCAUUGAAUAUAUAUUUUGGCAUGUGGAACAGCAAGAUGGCAAAGAAAAAAAGUGUACUGGUUGAACUAUGAGGAAGCUCUAUAAAGGUUUUUGAAAAAUGAAGCCCAAAUGAGAGACAGAUUUGUGUGGUAAUGUAGUACCAUUGUGUAACAGCAGAGGGCUGCACACACUUGUGCUAAAAUCAUCCUUUAAGGGGACAACUGUAGAAACCUUUAAAUAUAGACUGCAGCUUUCCAAUGUUUUCAGUUCUGGAAAUGUGCUACAACAGAUCAUUGUAAAAUACAUUGAAAACUUGUCAAGACAUUUCAAUAUUUAAUAUUUUAAAAAUAUUUUAUUUUUAAUGUUAAUUUAUUUUCUUAUUGACAUUUAAAUCUGUUUUUUUUCCAUGCAUUUUUCUAGUGAAUGCUGACAUUCUCAAGUGAAUUUGGUGCCUAGAAAUUGCUCUGAAUCAAGUCAUUGCCUUUUGCUAGCAUUUCUUAUAUAGUUGGAAAAACAGUUUACAGUUUUACCAUUGUUUACUUUUAGUUUUAUAAAAAUAUAUUUUGGAAUCAGUAUUUCAUUUCAUUUCCUAAAUUCUCCUGAACUACUUUCAAUUCUACAUGUAUUAUCAGAUUUUGUAUUGUGAAAUGCUAUUUUUUGAAGAUUAGAUACUGGGUUGCAAUACAAGAUUGCUGUAAUUUUUCUUACUGAAGAAUCCUUUUUUAAAUUCAUUAAUAUUUGACUUACCUCUUCAAGGCUGAAGCCGCCUGGUGUGUGAGGUUCUUGCCGUAAUUGAAAAAAAGUACAUGUAAAUAAACACAUUUCCUAUCAUUAAGGUUACUGUUCAGUCAUUAUCGUUGUACACUUUGGGCAUCAGUGUGUUAAGUUUGAUUUGUGGUUUUUAUGUCUACUCUUCUUUUUUUUCCUUAAACAUUUCGCAUAUUCCAUUAAUCAUUUCUUACUUUUCCAUUUUUGAUUUCCGAUAUUACUGUGUUGUCUGUACAGUGUUGCUUGUUGAUAAAUCCACAUACAUUUCCAGUCUUCUUUGUUUUCUUACUAAAAGCCCUUCCCAAUUGACUUGGCGAAGCUCUGUAAUAUCAGGCCAUUAAACAUGGGGUUUUGUCAUUUGUUUUGUCAUUGAAAUUAUGCAAGGUGCUUGUUUUUCCCCCAGGAAGGGUGCACUCACAGGUGUGUCUGUGGAAUUUUGAGCCUGUUAUAUAUACAAGCACAAACACCUAGAUGAGGUAAAAAUCUUAUCUGAAUUUCCUGCUCAGCAGUCAAGAUUCUGUUGCAGCCUUUUCCCUGAGGCUUUUCUGCAGAUGCUGAAAUGUCAGAGGGAUGUCUGUCUGGGCAUUGCUUAAACAGGUGCACUAGUCAAUCUCAAUACUUUGGUACAUUGUGUAAUAUGCAUGAGACAUGACCUUUGUGACUGACAAUGGCAUUUAGCCAGUAUAGCUAGUAGAAUACCAGCUCCUAACUGCUGAGCUGCUGCUGCGAAAGGCCAGGGAAAAUUACAAGUGGUGCAUUUGCUUCCUGUCAGCAAAUUUCAGAUGGCUAAGACACCAAGCUGGCUGUAGAUCCACUUUACCUGAGAGUGAAUAUGUGUAGUUUGCCCACUGUGAAUAUUCUGUUGUUCCUAAAUACCUCUAUAUGCUGAAAAUACAGCAGCAGCUCAGUCUAUGUUCCAGUCAAGUCAUUAAGAACUGACAGAGUGGGUCCUGACUGACUGUAGUCUGAAAGCAUCAUUCAGUCCUCAGGGUCACGUAUCAUAUUUAUACCAUGUGACCAAUUCUAGAUUUGACAUGGAGCACCUGCUUUGACUCUUCCAGGUUGCAGCUGAAAUUUUUGAAAAUUGGGCUGAUACGUUUCAGCUCGUGAAAAAAGCAACAAAAAAAAAAAAUGAAAAAAGCACAAGUGAAGACUUUUUAGGGAUUAUUUAAAUGGCAAAGGAUAGAAAAACUAUGAUGUCUGAGCUCAGUUAUCUGGAAAUAACUUCCCGCCUGAAGAAGAGUAAUGCUUAAAGCAUCUGCAUCUCUCCGGGCAGUGAGAUGUUAGUAACCCAUCCCCAGUACACUCCUUAUCUAGUGUUUUCUGCCAAGUUCCAUCCGGCUAAUGAGACAUAGAAUAUCCCCUAAGAGCUCAACCAGGAGCCAUUUUAUUUCAAAUCAAGGCUGUUACCAGAGAAACUAAGUGCCUAAUACCUUCUACAGACCUUAUAAAAUAGUCUGUAUUAUCAUAUUUCUGUAUUUUUCCUUAAUAAUAUAUAUAAAUAUUUUGAUUUUUUUUUAAUUCUGUGCAAUUCUGUAUUAUAUUCCGCUUUGGACAUGCAGAAUUUAUAUGGUUUUGACUUGGUACUGUUUAAUACCAUAAAAGAAUGAAACUAUGCAUGCCUUUUUGUAUUCUAACGCGUGUAUAUAUACUCAAAUCGGUAUAUAAGCUUAUGCUUUUCAAGUGUUUUUUGCACUUCUUCCUAAUGUGACAGUAUUGUUUCGUGUUGCAUUGCAUUCCACGGCUGCAGUUCCCCUUGUCUAAUGAUCAUGAUUUUUUAAACACUUUGAUGUACAUAGGUUUUGUAUAUGCUGUGCAAGUGCAUUGUCUCUUUUAUAAAAUGUACAAUGCUGUCAAUCUCGCUCAUUAUGCAAUAAAGCAUUAUUUCACAGUU